AUGGCGCCCGUAACGUUAAAAAAGUUUUUUAACGCGUUGCAACGCGCGCGCGAAAGCGAAAUCGACGGUAUACGUGAACGGUUGAUAAGUAAACCGCGUGCGUCGAUUACGAAAGGCAUUGUACAGUCACGGCUCGAGGCUUUGGGGGCGGUUUGGAGCGAGGUACGCAAAACUCAUUCCGAGAUUAUUGUCAGGGAUGAUGCCGGAUCUGAUGCUUACGUUGUAGACGAUUGGUUCAAGCGUAUUCAAGGCGUUUACGAGAACGCUGUCGAUGAGUGCUUGACUCUUUUACCCCAAUUCGAGAUGGUCGCGGGAAGUAGAAUGUCGGGAGCAGAUUCCGCGAGUGUUUCGGAUAUGGGUACACCUAGUGUCGCGAAGCUCCCGCGCAUUCCUUUACCGACUUUUUCGGGUAAAUACGAAGAUUGGGAUAGUUUCUGCGAUCUCUUCACUACGCUGGUUCUUGACGCUCCUCGUUUAGCGGAUGCGACUAAGUUGCAGUAUCUCAAAUCGUGUUUGACGGGUAGCGCGGCGGAGCUUAUUAAAGAUGUCGCUAGCACUAGCGCGAACUAUGCUAGUACGUAG